AUGCAGAUAUCUCCAGAGAAUCAACGUCAAAUCCUCAAAUUGGCAAGACGCUUCACGCAGGACUCGGUACAUGAGUGGCCUCACGGCUCCUCUAUCAAUCCGUUUACGGAUGCAGAGGAUACGUGCCUAGAUCCCAACUCCCUCAAGUUCAGCGCCAAGCGAUGGGUGCAGGCCUUGGUGGAAUUGACCUCGCAGAAUCCCGAGCGGUACCCCAAGCGCAGAGCAGGCGUAUCAUACCGUCAUCUCAGCGUGGGUGGAUACGGGGGUGGCGCUGCUUACCAGCCAACUGUUGCGAACGUCGUGCUGCAGGGGCUAAGGGAUCUGACGGUUCGUUUGGUUUCCGGAAGAAGACGCGAGGUGCAGAUUUUAAGAGACCACGAUGGCAUUGUCCGCAGCGGCGAGAUGCUCCUGGUCCUAGGGAAACCAGGAAGUGGCGUAUCCACCCUCUUGAAGACAAUCGCAGGCCAUACCAAUGGACUAUCGGUGGCGGAUUCCACAGAGCUCAGCUAUGAAGGCAUUCCAUGGAAGACAAUGCAUCGCAAAUUUCGUGGGGAUGUGAUCUACCAGGCUGAGACGGACGUCCACUUCCCCCAUCUCACGGUCGGACAGACGCUGUUGUACGCCGCUCUGGCCAAAACCCCUCGGAACCGGCUGCCAGGUGUAUCCCGGGAGACCUAUGCAACUCAUCUCCGCGAUGUGGUCAUGGCUGUGUUUGGCAUCUCGCACACCGUCAACACUAAAGUCGGCGACGACUUCAUCCGCGGAGUGAGUGGUGGAGAAAGGAAGCGUGUCAGCAUUGCGGAAACCUGUCUGACACAGAGCUGUAUCCAAUGCUGGGACAACAGCUCCCGCGGGCUGGACAGUGCCACAGCGCUGCAAUUCAUUCAAACCGUCAGACUGGGCGCCAAGAUGACUGGUACUGCCGCCGUGGUUGCUCUGUACCAGGCUUCGCAACAGGCUUACGAUUGCUUUGACAAGGUGACAGUACUCUAUGAAGGUCGGCAAAUCUACUUCGGCCCGGUAGAUCGAGCAAAACAGUACUUCAUCGACAUGGGCUAUCUUUGCCCUGAUCGACAAACGACAGGAGACUUCCUUACCUCAUUGACCAACCCGGUGGAACGAAUCAUUCGGCCAGGCUUUGAAGCUCGAGUGUCCAGAACACCCGAUGAAUUCGCCCAAGCCUGGCAACAGAGCCAACUGAGAAUAGAGCUGUGCAAGGAGAUUGACCACUUCAACCAACAGCAUGACGCAGAGGUUGUUUUUGAGAAGUUCGCAGCCUCCAAGAAGGCGGAAAGAUCACGCUUGAUGACCCCAAGUUCACCUUAUACCAUAUCCAUUCCCCAGCAAGUGUUACUGUGCAUACGACGAGGCUACCGCAGAGUCUUGGGCGACUCCACCUUCUUCUUCGCUACUGUGCUCGGGAACUUCUUCCUCUCCCUCGUCCUGGGCAGUGUGUUCUACAGCCUAGACGACUCGACCGCCAGCUUUGUCGAUCGCUGCGUCCUCCUGUUCUUCGCCGUGCUAUUCAAUGCGUUGAGUAGCGCUCUAGAAAUCCUAGCGUUGUACGCCCAACGACCUAUCGUCGAGAAACAUGCCGCCUACGCCUUCUACCACCCGAUGUCCGAAGCCGUGGCAUCCAUGAUCUGCGACCUGCCCAGCAAGGUGCUCUCCACCAUCGGCUUCAACAUCCCCUUGUACUACAUGUCGAACCUGCGGCGCGACUCCGACCACGUGGUCAUCUAUCUGCUUUUCGCCUUCAUGACCACCCUGACCAUGUCCAUGAUCUUCCGCACGAUUGCCCAGUCCACGCGCACGAUCCCACAGGCGCUCACGCCCAUCGCCCUGGGCGUGCUCGCGCUGGUGGUGUACACAGGGUUUGUCCUCCCGACUCGCAACAUGCAGGGCUGGCUGCGGUGGAUCAAUUACAUCAAUCCGAUCGCGUACUCGUACGAGACGCUGGUGGCCAACGAGUUCCACGGCCGCUACUUCGAGUGUGCCAGUUUCGUGCCCUCGGGGCCAGGAUAUCAGGACGUUGCGAGUGAUUACAGAACGUGUGCGGUGGCCGGUGCGUCGACCACCUCGAGCCUGGUCAGUGGGGAUGCAUAUGUGGCGGCCAACUAUAGCUAUUACUUCUCGCAUACAUGGAGGAACUUCGGCAUUCUGAUUGCCUUCAUCCUGUUUUUCAUGACAACGUACCUGCUGAUUGCGGAAUUCGUGAUGUUUGACCAUUCCAAAGGCGAGGUUCUCGUCUUUCAACGCAAGUCACAAGCUGUCAGUGCCAUCAGACAUGCUGCACAUGAUGAGGAAUCCGGCAAGAGCGAGGCAGCCACGACAGCGGAGCAUGCUGCGGUGUCUGAUCGUGAGCUCAAUCUCCAGCUCCAAUCCAACACCUUGCAUUGGAAGGAUGUGUGCUACGACGUGCCGAUCAAAGGCGAGAUGCGCCGCAUAUCCGACCACAUCGACGGAUGGGUGACACCCGGGACGCUGACUGCAUUGAUGGGAGCCUCAGGCGCGGGUAAAACCACACUUCUCGAUCUCCUUGCCAGCAGGGUCAAGACCGGAGUGGUAUCCGGGCAAGUCUUUGUCAAUGGCGUCCCUCGAGACGCCUCGUUCCAGAGGAGGGUAGGCUAUGUUCAACAGCAGGACGUCCAUCUUGAGACCAGUACCAUUCGCGAAGCGCUGCGAUUCAGUGCCCUUCUCCGACAGCCGGCAUCGGUGAGCAAAGCGGACAAGUAUCAGUACGUCGAGGAGGUGAUUGACCUCCUGGAAAUGCGGGCGUACGCGGAUGCAGUCGUCGGUGUUCCGGGCGAGGGUUUGAACGUUGAGCAGAGGAAGCGGUUGACUAUCGGGGUGGAACUUGCGGCGAGGCCCGAUCUCCUGAUUUUUCUUGACGAACCAACCUCAGGCUUGGACAGCCAGACUGCUUGGUCUAUCACUUUACUACUGCGCAAGCUGUCUAACCACGGGCAGGCGAUUCUGUGCACCAUCCAUCAACCCUCGGCAAUUCUUUUCGAACAGUUCGACCGUCUACUCCUCCUAGCCAAGGGCGGUCGCACGGUCUACUUUGGACCGAUAGGACAGAACUCACAGGUGCUGACCCGCUACUUCGAACGACACGGUGCCAGGCUGUGUACCCGUGAAGAAAACCCGGCUGAAUGGAUGCUAGAAGUAGUUGGGGCAGCGCCUGGUACGCAAUCCACGCACGACUGGGCAGCGACAUGGAGGGGGAGCCAGGAAUACCAGGAGGUGCGACGAGAGCUGCAGCAUCUUGAAGAGCGCCAGGCCUCGACACAAAACUCUGCAGUCGACUCUGGCCAACAGUACGCAGCCCCGUUUCUGACCCAGCUCCAACUAUGUACCCAGCGAGUGAUGGAGCAGUACUGGCGAACGCCCUCCUACAUCUACGCGAAGCUCAUCCUCUGCUUUGGCGCGGCCCUGUUCAUCGGCCUCUCCUUCCUGAACACCAAAAUCACCAUCCUCGGCCUGCAGCACCAGACCUACGCGAUCUUCAUGCUUCUAGUCAUCUUCGCCUUCCUGGCCUACCAGACGAUGCCCAACUUCAUCAAGCAGCGCGACCUGUACGAGGUCCGCGAACGGCCCGCCAAGACGUACGCCUGGUCGGCCUUCAUGCUGGCCAACAUCUUCGCCGACCUGCCCUGGAACUCGCUGGCGGCGGUGCUGAUCUUCCUCCCGUUCUACUAUCUGAUCGGCAUGGACCACAACGCGCAGGAGACGCACGCCACGCGCGAGCGCAGCGGGCUGAUGUUCCUGCUCAUCUGGUCCUUUCUGAUGCACUGCGGCACCUUUACGAUUAUGAUGGUGGCGGGCGUGGCGACGGCCGAGGUGGGCGCGACGCUGGCGCUGCUGCUGUUCUGCAUGUGCUUGAUCUUCUGCGGUGUAUUAGCCUCCCCCACAGCCCUCCCGGGCUUCUGGAUCUUCAUGUACCGCGUCUCCCCCCUCACCUACCUGGUCAGCGGCAUGCUCUCCACCGGCCUGGCCAACACAGAAGUCCACUGCUCCACCCUCGAGCAGAUCACAAUCCAGCCCCCGUCCAGCCAGACCUGCGGCAGCUAUCUGGCCGCGUACAUGCAGCAGGCCGGCGGCGCCGUCGCCAACCCGCAGGCCACGCGGGACUGCGCCUACUGCCAGAUGACGGACUCGAACGUGUACCUGACAGAACUGUCGGCGGAGUAUGCGGAUCGCUGGCGGAAUUUCGGGCUCAUGUGGGUUUAUAUUGGGUUCAAUGUGGUUGCGGCGUUGGGGUUGUAUUGGGGGGUGCGGGUGCGGGGUGGGGUAAAUUUCUCGCGGUUGUGGCGCUGGGUGAAGCGAGGUUAG